AUGCGCGAAGAGUUGUCGCAGCGCUUGGCUCUGAGCGAAGCUCGAGUGCAGGUCUGGUUUCAGAACAGAAGAGCGAAAUGCAGAAAACACGAAUCCCAGCUCCACAAGAGUCAGUGCACUUCCACUCAUCCAACUCACAGCUCUCAACCCUCUCUCGCCCGUCUAGACCUCGUCCUCAGCCCGUCGGCCGAGGCCUCGCGCGUCGCCCCCUAUCUGGCCGUCACGGCGUCGCCGACGCCGCGCAUCUCUCACGACCGCUUCCCUCUGCCCGCGCCGUUCGCCGCGCAUUACCUGCCGCAGGACCUCCUCCAACACUAUGCCGCCGCCGUCGCCGCAGCCCAACAGCCGUUCCUACACCCGUUCAGCCUGUCGGCGCUGUUGGCCACGGAACGCGUCCACUCCAAGAACUCGUCCAUCGCCGACCUCAGACUGAAGGCUCAAAAGCACGCUCAAGCGCUGGGAUUAUGAACGCAUUGUUUCGCAGAUUAGAGGCAUUAAAAAUCAAUUCGCGUUUCACACGUCAUUUAAGCCGUCUUUUAAUUUACUUAAUGGUCUCUUCUUUUGCCAAAUAUUAUCUCUCAAUAAAUUUAAUUAGAAGAUCGCUC